AUGAGGCCUGGAGCCCGCCUGGAGCACGCCUGGAGCCCGCCUGGAGUACGCCUGGAGCCCGCCUGGAGCACGCCUGGAGCCCGCCUGGAGCACGCCUGGAGCACGCCUGGAGCCCGCCUGGAGCUCGCCUGGAGCACUCCUGGAGCCCGCCUGGAGUACGCCUGGAGCCCGCCUGGAGCCCGCCUGGAGCCCGCCUGGGGACUACCUGGAGCACGCCUGGAGCCCGCCUGGAGUACGCCUGGAGCCCGCCUGGAGUACGCCUGGAGCCCGCCUGGAGCCCGCCUGGAGCCCGCCUGGAGCCCGCCUGGAGCCCGCCUGGAGCCCGCCUGGAGCCCGCCUGGAGCCCGCCUGGGGACUACCUGGAGCACGCCUGGAGCCCGCCUGGAGUACGCCUGGAGCCCGCCUGGAGUACGCCUGGAGCCCGCCUGGAGCCCGCCUGGAGCCCGCCUGGAGCCCGCCUGGAGCCCGCCUGGAGCCCGCCUGGAGCCCGCCUGGAGCCCGCCUGGAGCCCGCCUGGGGACCACCUGA